AUGGAAACCCAAACUGAUUUUAAUUUGCUAGGCGGGGUUGGCAAUUAUUUUUGGAGCGAUCCAAUCUCGCACCGUCCUCUUGGUUUCUCAAUCCCGAUCCAAUCUUCCAAUCCCCUUCGCCGCUCCUCUCCCACGUUCCCACUCCCGUCCACCUCCGCCGCCCCCACCAUCGACGCAACAACUGCAGCCACCGCCGUCAUCGGGUCCCCGAGGAAGCCUCCUGCAACGGCGACAGUCGGGUCGGGAGGAAGAGCCCGCCGUGCGCCUGCUCUUCUCGACGCUCUCGGGACGCUCGUCCAUGGCGUGAUCUUCGCAGCAGCUCCCGCGUUUCUUCCCCGCCUCACUGUCGGAUCAGUCGUCCAGGGACUCCACCCGCGCAUGUUUUGUAGAUUGAGGGAAAGGAUGGCAUUUCUUGAGGAAGAUAAAGGCAUGGUUGAUGCGUAUGCUAGGCCAAGGGAUGCACAUAUUGCAUUGGGAGGACUUAAUUGUGAGACUUGAAGCACAAGAGAGAGUGCUUGAAGAGAUGGAGAAGAAACAACAAGAAGAAUUUGAAGCUGUGAAGAAGAGCCAACAAGACAAGAGUGAAGCCGGGGGAAAGAAGCAACAUGAAAUGGAUAAACUAUGGCUUUUUCUCUCAAGUGCUCAAGCAACUUUAGUCUGAGUCCAAACCUGUGUGACUGAUUUGUGGUUAUCUAAAUGGUACUUUGCAACUUGUCUAUUGUAGCGAGUGCUAAAACUUGUGAAUUUGGCAAAGAUGAUUGCACUUAUAA